AGCCCCACUUACUUCUGGACCUUCUCAUGACGCUGUGUUAAGACAGCAAAGUCACUGGGAGCUGAACAGACGGACCCAGACUGGCUACUCUUGUCCCCCUGAGGCUGCUCUGGAAGCCGGUCCAGCCCAGUCUGACCAAUGUCCACAGCCAGGGAGCAGCCAAUCUUCAGCACCCGGGCACACGUAUUUCAGAUCGAUCCGGCUACCAAGAGGAAUUGGAUCCCUGCAGGCAAGCAUGCCCUCACUGUCUCCUACUUCUACGAUGCUACCCGCAACGUCUACCGCAUCAUCAGCAUUGGGGGUGCCAAGGCUAUCAUCAACAGUACUGUCACUCCCAACAUGACCUUCACCAAAACCUCCCAGAAGUUCGGGCAGUGGGCAGACAGUCGUGCCAACACCGUCUAUGGCCUUGGCUUUGCCUCCGAACAGCAUCUGACCCAGUUCGCUGAGAAGUUCCAGGAGGUCAAAGAGGCAGCGCGGUUGGCCCGGGAAAAAUCUCAGGAUGGAGGGGAGCUCACCAGCUCAGCUCUGGGGCUCAUGUCUCACCAGGUGCUCCCGAGCCCUCUGGUCAGUGCCAACGGCCCUGGAGAGGAAAAGCUGUUCCGCAGCCAGAGCGCCGACACACCGGGCCCCACAGAACGUGAGCGGCUCAAGAAAAUGCUGUCUGAAGGCUCCGUGGGCGAGGUGCAGUGGGAGGCGGAGUUCUUCGCGCUGCAGGACAGCAACAAUAAGCUGGCGGAUGCCCUACGAGAAGCCAACGCCGCGGCCGCCCAGUGGAGGCAGCAGGUGGAGGCCCAGCGCGCAGAGGCCGAGAGGCUGCGGCAGCGGGUGGCGGAGCUAGAAGCCCAGGUGGCUGCAGAGCCAGCCACUGCCACAGAGAAGGAGGCACCUGGCCAGCCCCUGGAGAAGCUGGAAGCGCUGGUGAGGACCAAGGACCAGGAGAUCCAGACAUUGAAGAAUCAAACCGGGGGACCCCGGGAAGCCCCAGAUGCUGCCGAGCGGGAGGACAUGGAGCAGAAGGUGCAGGACCUGGAAGCACAAAACUCUGAGCUGGAGCAACAGCUGCGGGCAACUGAGCGCAGCCUGGAGGAGGCAAGGGCGGAGCGGGAGCGGGCGCGGGCCGAGGUGGGCCGGGCAGCACAGCUUCUGGACGUGCGGCUAUUUGAGCUCAGCGAGCUUCGGGAAGGCCUGGCACGGCUGGCCGAGGCCACACCCUGAGCCAGCACCAGUGCUUGGGUCCGAGGAGGCCCUCAGGGCUGGUCCUGCAGAAAUGGGCCUUGGUGGGCACAUGCGCCUGGCUGCAGUGGUCAGGCCAGGCUCAUGACCCUACUGGGGUUCCAGGAGCUAACCCAGCUGACCUGGCCACGGUCAGCCUGGUGGCUGUCUCAGCUUCACUGUGUAGACUCUAGGAUCCUGGGCAUGCGCUGUGCCUACAUUACAUUUCUUAAGCCUG